GUGUCGGUGUUUUUUUGGAUUCACAGAUUUUGGUUAUGUUGUCAAAGAAAGUUGUGUAUUGAAUUACUUCAGAUAAUAUUUCAAAAGGAGAAAACAGCUCAGAAGUUGAAAUGAAAGUGGGAACAAUUAUCAAAUGAGUGAUGUAAAUGGGGUUUUGUGCUGUUGCGAGUAUUAUGAUUUGAAUCAGGAACGAAAUCAUAUUUUAGCUUGCUGUUGCAAUUGUGAAGAUUUGGAUCAGGCCUUCGAUAAUAUAAUAACUUCCCAUGCCAUUUCACAUAAAACCAAGAAGGGUAUUAUAAUCACAAUGCAAGAUAGACUGAGAAUACCUUGGAAGGGAGGUGCUAAGCAAGUAGCUUUUGAUGCAGUCAUGCCUGUAUUUAUAUUACCGUUAAUGUUACUUAUAGCAUCAAUGAGCCUGUGGUGGACUAUUUUUUCUUUCACUACGGUGGCAAUAUUCUUAGGGUUCAUUUCUCACUUUCUUAUAAAAGCAAUUCCGAGGACUAAAUUCUUUUUUAUGUGGACUUUGACUUCAAUAGUUAUAUUGUAUAUAAUAUUUGAGUUUAUUGUGAUACCUUUCUUAGAGAUACUCCUGGAGGAAAACAUUGCUCUAAGUAUUUUUAUAUUUGGUUUCAUUUUUUGCUUGUAUCUGAUGAAAUCUCGAACAAAAAAUUUAUGCCAAGUAGGAGAUAGUGAAGCUGAAAUUGGAUUCAUUGGGAAAAAUAAUAGACUACAUAACUGUUCAAUUUGUCAGAAGAAAAUUCCUGACAAAGACCAUCAUUGUGUAUGGUUUGACUGUUGUGUUGGGAAACACAAUCAAUGUCUUUUCAUAUCUGCACUAUUUUUUGCUGUUGUUGCAUUACUUUAUAGUUCUAACUUGACGUUGACUUCUGUUUGCCAUCCAUUCAAAGUGUACAAAACAAUAUUGUUACCAGAUGAUUGUUCAGAGGUAUAUAUACUAUUUGAAUUGGGCCUUUCUUUUGUAGCUGCUGUGUAUAGUCUUAUUUUAGCCUGUUUACUGUUGGUCCUUCUGCUGCAACAACUAGUAUUAGUGUCAUUGGGUAUAACAUUGAAAGAAUGGACACGUUUUCAUUUCACAACAAAAUUGUGUCUUGGGUUGACUGCCAAGAGACAAAAUAAUCGGGGAUUUCUCAACAAUUGGAAGGCUAUCAUUUGUUCCAGUAAAUAUAAUUACAGUCCUACUGGUCAUACAUGAGUUGAUAUGAUUGGUAUUUCAUUAUUAAGAAGUAAAAUAGAUCACAUUGUUCACAACUAUUUUCAAAACUUUUAUAUUAACCACCAGAAAGUCUUCGACAAACUAGGUUGUGAUAAAUUUUACUUCAAUGAAAUGUUUUUAUUCACACACCUAUUAAUACAUUAUAUAUUUACUUAA